GGGUAAGCCAAUGUUGCAGUUGAUCUCCAACUCGAGCGACGGCCCAAGAGAGCUCCCAAGAAACUCGUAGUCAUUUGGGCUCAGGACGUCCUGGCCCAGGCCGUCGCCCAGGGAGCUCGCCCUGACCGCGCGCCCGUGCUCCGCCUGGCUCCCGCGGGAGCGAUGGGGCCGCCGCUGUCCUGGACGACGCCGCCCGGCACACCGCGCGCCCGCGCCCGAGUGCCGGACUCGCCGCCGCCCCUGCUCCGCCCGAGCAGGGUGCCCUUCCGGCCACCACUCGAGCUGCACGGCCCGGGGCGCGCGCGGGGCACCGACGGGGCAGCUCUCCGCGCCCCCGACCGCGCGGGCCGCGGCCACGACGCCGCCAGGUCGCCGACCGAGACCGGCGCGGAGCGCGGCGCGACGGGCGCCGAGGGGCAGCCCGCGCACCGCCGGGUGAGCUCGGCAGGGGGAGCGGAGAUCUUCAGCGCCCCCCCCGUCGAGCUUCGCGGGAUGCCCGGCUUCGCCGAUUGGACGGAGUGGCUGCGCUGGUCCACCGCGCAGUUCGAGCUGGGCGUGGCCCCGCCACCGCCUUGGGAACUGCAGGGCACGCCACGGCGCUGGUGACCGCGCGGGCGCGGAUCAUCGGAGACGCGCCGCGGCGAGCUCGGCAGGGAAGGUCGUUGGAGCCUGUGGGGUUGUCCGAAGGUGUGGGCAGACCUGUCCCCUUGGUCUGGCAGACGCUUCUGAAAGUGACCCCCCACCUCCUUGCACUCCUGAUCCCCCUCCUCCGUCACCCUACUCAUCCAUCCUCCUCGUUCCCCAUUGUUUUUUGCCAGCCCAGGCGACUCGCGUGUUGCCUCUGCUGCUAGGUCCGUCGCGAUUCGUGUUGCGCUCACGGGCUCUGUAUGUUAAUGACGUGUGGGCGCCCCCCACGCGAGCACAGCUCGGUUGAACAGGUCUCUGCUUGCUCGUGCGAUUUGCCGCGCUCCCUGUACUGGGCGUGCGCGACCAGAUUUCUCUUCCUUCCCUCGUACUGCCUCUCACCAUGC